UAAUCCCUUACGGUUUACUGGUCCGUGUUCCUAGUGUUCACGUGUUAUCGUGCAAACUCGGGAUCUUUAACUGGACGCUUACUACAAUGUCUAAAGUGGAUAACAUAGAAGAAGUUGAUAAGGAAUCAAUAGACUACUCUACUUGUAAACCACGGGAUAGGCUGUACAUUGUAUACAUAAUUUUCUUUAUCGCUGGUGUGGGUACCCUACUGCCGUGGAACUUUUUCAUAACGGCCACUGACUAUUUUAAUCUCCGUCUCGCUUCUAAUUCAAGUGGCCGUGCGCCUGGCUUGCUGCCCUUUGAUAAUAGUCUUACAUUAUGUUCCAUGAUACCACUUUCCGUCUUCGGUAUUUUAAACUUUGCUCUAAUGAGAUGGAUUCCAACGUUCACUCGCUUUCUGAUUGGAAGCAUUAUCGUCUUCGCUAUGUUUGUUGUUACAACGGUUAUGGUGCGGAUCGAUAUGGACUUGGAAGUGUUUAACGGACUGACACUAGCCUCCAUUGUUUUUAUUAACAUUGGCUCUGCAAUUGCACAAACUGCUCUUUUCGGAAUGGUCUCGGUUCUUCCAGCGAAGAAUAUGAAGGGAUUUGUGGAAGGUCAAGCGAUUUCAGGUGUAUUGUCUUCCCUCGCCAGGAUAAUUAGCAUCGCUGCGGCCUCCAACUGGAACGAUGACGCACUGGCGUAUUUCCUCAUCGCACUGGUGUUCCUUGCCAUAUCAAUCGUGCUGACCUUACUUCUCAAGAAAAACGCCUUCUUCAAAUACUAUUGGAAAAUGGAAAAGAACAUGCGGCAACAUGGAGAAACAACACCAAGCUCCAGCAGUGGCGAUAUGCCACAUAGUUCGACGGAAAUGGUCACCAAAGAAAGUGAUGCAAAAACCAUCCUUUUCAAUUUAGGAAUAUCAAUGCGAGAAACGUGGGUGCACGGCGUUUGUAUCAUAUUCACCUUCGGAGUCACCCUGACCGUAUUCCCACCGUUCACUGCGACAGUCAGACCGAUGAACUACCGAGCCGGGGACGAAUGGACAGAUAAGUAUUUCAUCCCCGUGGUGGUAUUCUUGUCAUACAACGUAUUUGACUGGCUUGGAAGGUUCCUGGCCGGAUUCAUCAAAUGGGUGAGUUGGUACUUUAAAUGUUUACGAUAA